CCUUGGCGUGGUGAGCCGCGUCCGUCGCCCCGCGCGUGCUUUGCGCCCAGCGGUGUGCCAGACAGACUCGCCCCUCGUCCUCGUGCUUUGUGUUGCCCAGUGAGUGGCCAGUGGUGUCAAAGCAGUGCAGUGCGUGCGAAUGUGAUGGCUUGGUGGAGCCGCCUUCGGGUGACGUCUCUGGUGAGCAGAGGGUGAGGUUUUCAAGAUUGUGUUGUGCACCCGCCGUGGUGAACGGAGUUUACCUUCAACGGUUGGCGGGGCGGCCUCAGCGGCCCGGCGAGCCUCAGCCAUGUCGCGAGUUGCGUCUACCUGUGCCGCGGACGCGCGGUGGCCGCGAAGGCCACGGACUAGAACGCGAACACUACCCUGGGGUUGGAUUACGACCACGGCGAGACACCCCCUCGUCUUCAACAUGCUCGUCCUGUCGCUGCUGGCCGUUUCGUGCCUCUCGGAGCCCCUCCAAGCGCCGCGGUUCAUCACGCAGCCGUCGACGUCCAACAGCAUCGUCCCGGAGGGCCGCACCAAGAUACUGCAAUGCCAAGCCUUAGCCUACCCGCAGCCCCUGUACCGCUGGAUCAAGGAUGGCCGCUACCUCAACGACCAGUUCUCCCAGGAGAACUACCACCGCAUCCUGGACGUGCAGCGGGCGGACGCGGGCCUGUACCAGUGCGUGGCCAAGAACUCCGUGGGCGCCAUCGUCUCCAACCACAUCAACGUCACCGUCGCAUACAUGGGCGUGUUCGCCGACAUGGAGGAGCAGCAGCUGGUGGUGGAGUCCGGCGACGCGGUGGUGAUCCCCGUGCCGCCGCUCGAGUCGCACCCCGCGCCCUCGGUGGCGUGGCAGGCGGACGGCCGGCCGCUGCCCUACAGCCACAAGUACGCCGUGUCGGCGCAGGGCCACCUCGUGAUCCUGGCCACGGACGAGCAGGACCAGCGCGCCUACCGCGCCAGGGCCACCAACACGCAGCUCGGCAAGGAGGAGGACAGCGCCUACGUGCGCCUCGUGGUGCGCGGCGACCCCAACAAGGAGGUGGACCCCGAGUUCGUGGUGCGGCCCUCGGACCUGCACGUGCACAAGGGCGAGCCGCUGGCCGAGCUGCACUGCGUGGCCAACGCGCGCCCGCUGCACGAGCUGGAGACGGUGUGGCUCAAGGACGGCAUCCCCAUCGAGAACAGCGGCGUUCUGUACAACCUCAACAACCCCUGGAACCGGACGCUGUCGCUGCUCGAGGCCAACAUGACCCACACGGGCCAGUACACGUGCGCGGUGCGCCUGCGCUCGGGCGGCGCCGACACCAUCAUGGCCUCGGCCAACGUGGUGGUGCAGGAGAAGCCCUCGUUCGUCAAGACGGCGCGCUUCGACGUGCUGGCCGAGUUCGGGCACGCCGUCACACUGCCGUGCGACGCGCUGGGCGUGCCGCCGCCCAACGUGUCGUGGUACCGCAACGCCGAGCCCGUGGUCUUCGGCAGCGGGCCCGACGCCAGGUACGCCCUGGAGCUGGACGGGUCGCUGCUGGUCAAGAAGCUGCACAUGGAGGACGCCGGCAUGUUCCAGUGCUUCGCCACCAACGAGGCCGGCGAGGAGUCCAUCAGCCUGUGGCUGCGAGUCAAGACCGCCGCCCCGGUGAUGGAGACGCCGCCGCAGAACGUGACGGUGCUGGACGGCAAGGACGCCACCCUGAGCUGCCGCGCGGCCGGCUCGCCCGCCCCCAACACCACCUGGGUCUUCAUGGAUGGUCAAGAUGGUCCGGAUGGUUACGGACGGGGACAGAUCCUGGACUCCGGCGACCUGCUGGUGCCCGCCGUGCGGCGCUCCGACCAGGGGAAGUACACCUGCACCCGCUCCAACGAGGCCGGCUCCGUGACGGCGUCCGGCUACCUCGCCGUCCUGGUGAGGACCCAGAUCGCCCAGCCGCCGGCGGACACCCGGGUGCUCCUCGGGCACACCGCCACCCUGCAGUGCAGAGUCUCGGGGGACUCGUCCGUGCCGUACCGCUUGUCCUGGUCACGAGGUUUGGAGCUGAUCGGCGAGGUGAACGGCGCGGCGCCGAGCAGCCAGCGCAUCACGGUGGGCGCGGACGGCACUCUGGAGAUCCAGGCGGUGCGGGCGUCCGACGUGGGGGACUACACGUGCGCGCUGAGCAGCGCGGGCGGCAACGAGACGCGGGUGGCGCGCCUGUCCGUGCUCGAGCUGCCCUUCGCGCCCACCAACGUGCGCGCCUCCAGGAACGAGCUGGUCUCCCCCAGGGCCAUCAACGUGAGCUGGGCGCCCGGCUUCGACGGCAACAGCCCCGUGCUCAAGUACAUCGUGCAGAAGCGCGAGGUGUCCGACCUCGAACUGCCCGCCUCGCUCAUCCAGUGGGUGACGGAGCUCUCCAACGUGUCGGCGUCGCGGCGCUGGGUCUUGCUGGAGAACCUCAAGGCGGCCGCGCGCUACCAGUUCCGCGUCAGCGCCGUCAACUCCGUGGGGGAGGGCUCCCCGUCAGAACCCAGCAACAUCCUGGAGCUGCCCCAGGAAGCUCCUUCUGGACCGCCGCUUGGUUUGGUGGGCUCUGCCAGGUCCUCCUCUGAAAUCAUCACCCAGUGGCAACCGCCUCUGGAGGAGCACCGCAACGGACAAAUACUCGGCUACAUGAUCCGAUACCGACUGCAUGGCUACACUGGAAGCCCAUGGACUUAUAGGAAUAUUACAAAUGAGGCUCAACGGAAUUGUCUUGUGCAGGAGUUGAUCACUUGGAAAGACUAUGUGUUUCAAAUUGCAGCAUACAACAAUAAAGGUCUUGGAGUGUUCAGUGAGGGAGUCAAAAUUAAAACUAAAGAAGGAGUUCCUGAAGCCGCACCAACUCAAGUGAGAGUUGUUUCUCUCAACUCAACAUCUAUCCAAGUGUGGUGGCGUCCACCUGAUCCACAGAAAAUCAACGGUAUCAACCAAGGAUACAGACUUCAAGCAUGGAAAGGCGAUCCUGCAACAGAAGAGGAGGCUGCACGGAUGGAGACAGUUCCACCCAGCCUCUUUGACCCUUUGGCUGAGCAGACUGCUGUUAUAGGGGGCCUAGAAAAAUAUUGCGAGUACAAUGUUACUGUUUUAUGCUUCACUGACCCAGGCGAUGGUCUGAGAAGUGCACCAGUGGUAGUGCGAACAAAUGAAGAUGUUCCAGAUGAAAUUUCCAAUCUCCAAUUUGAUGAGGUGUCAGACCGAGCUGUUACUGUGAAGUGGUCUCCUCCACGUUUUACCAAUGGUAUUCUGACUGGAUAUCAAUUAUCUUAUCAAGUGAAGGACAUGCCUGACACACUCAAGGUUCAGAAUUUGACUGAUGAUGUUCAUAAGUUGAAAGUAGAACACUUGCAGGCAACAACUCAUUAUGUGUUUACCCUCCGUGCUGCUACUUCUGUGGGACUUGGAGUCGCCAAAGUAGCGUCACUUCAGUCUGGUGUGGAGCCUGUUCUUCCUCGACCACCCACUAAGCUAGCAGUCACUAACAUUGAAGCAUUUUCAGUGGUACUUCAAUUUACUCCUGGUUUUGAUGGCAAUUCCUCCAUCAUUAAGUGGACUGUGGAGGCGCAGACUGCGAGGAACAGCACAUGGCUCCCUGUCUAUGAAGAAUCAGCACCUGAUGCGACAACUCUGAUCAUUAACAAACUGACACCAUUUUCACUUUACAAACUUCGCCUUAUUGCUAAUAAUGUAGUUGGUCCUAGUGAGCCUUCAGAACCAACCAAAGAAUUCCAGACUAUUCAAGCUCCCCCUGCUCAUCCACCGUACAAUGUCACUGUACGUGCCAUGUCAGCAACAGAGCUCCGAGUUCGCUGGAUUCCUCUUCAACAAAUAGAGUGGUUUGGCAAUCCUCGUGGAUACAACAUAACUUUCAAAGAAAUUACGGCUCCUGGCAGUCUUCCUGUUCAGCCUCGUAGUGUUAGCAUUGAAGACCACACUGCAAACAGUCACAUUCUGAAUAAACUUGAAGAGUUUGCACUUUAUGAAAUCGAAAUGAGGGCUUUUAACGAUGUAGGGUCGUCUCAAGCAAGCCCUAAAGCAGUUGAAAGAACUCGCGAGUCAGUCCCCUCCUUUGGACCUAUGAAUGUUGAGGCCAACGCAACAUCGUCAACCACUGUUGUUGUGCGAUGGGGAGAAGUACCUCAUGAGCAUUGCAAUGGCCAAAUUGAAGGAUACAAGGUUGCUUACUAUGCAGCUUCUGCUCCAAUGGGUGUUAGAACAGGGUCAGUGUCAGUGCAGUAUAAAAGCAUUGCUAGCAAUUCGACAUUUACCACCACCCUAACAGAAUUGAGAAAGUAUGUUCAGUACAACAUUCAAGUACUUGCAUUUACCCGCCUUGGAGAUGGAGAACUCUCCGCACCACCGGUUCGAGUUCGCACUUUCGAAGACACCCCUGGUGCUCCUUCCAAUGUAUCCUUCCCUGAUGUCUCUCUCACAACUGCACGAAUCAUUUGGGAUGUCCCUGACGAGCCUAAUGGCGAAAUUUUAGCAUACCGAGUAACCUAUCACCUUGAGUCAAAGGGCAGUGCUUACAAUUUCUCUCGGGAGUUCCCCCCAUCUGACCGCACUUACAGAGCAACCGAAUUGCAGCCAGAACAGUAUUACAUGUUUUCUGUCACUGCACAAACUCGCCUGGGAUGGGGCAAGACUGCCACGGCUUUAGUUUUGACUACAAACAACAGAGAGGUUCCCCAACCUCCAUCAGCACCCCAAGUUUCACGGAGCCAGGUUCAAAGUGCUCACAUCACAUUCAGCUGGACACCUGGCCGGGAUGGUUUCGCCCCUCUCAGAUAUUAUACUGUGCAAAUGGCAGAAGGUGGGAGUUCAUGGCAGACAAUCCCAGAGAGAGUGGACCCAGGAACAACUUCGUAUACAGCUGUUGGCCUGAAGCCCUUCACCUCAUAUCGAUUCCGCAUUCAAGCAAACAACGACAUUGGCGCUAGUGGCUGGAGUGCAGAGAGUGCUGAAGUUCGAACUCUUAGUGCUGCUCCCUCAAAAGCAGUUAGUGGUUUGAAGGUGGUUCCAAUCACAACCACUAGUGUUGAAGUUCAUUGGAAUCCUUUGCCAGAAGCAGCUUGGUCAGGAGAUGUUGUGACAGGUGGUUACAGAAUAGUAUAUCAACCUGGUUCAGAAUUUCCCACUGCUCUUCAAGCUACACCUAAAGAAGAAUCAAUGGGCACUAAUUCCUCUAGAAUUGUUCUUGCUGGCCUAACUCGGGAUAAAAACUACGAAGUGGUAGUCCUUGCAUUCAACUCACAAGGUGCUGGUCCAGCCAGUCCCCCUGUCACUGUUUAUGUUGGUGAGGCUGUGCCCACUGGAGAACCUCAGGCUGUGGAGGCCGAACCCUUGUCACCAACAGAGGUUCGUCUAAAAUGGAAACCUCCAACUCAGAGUCAGCAAAAUGGGGACCUGCUUGGCUACAAGAUUUAUUACCUAGUGACAGAAUCCCCUCAGCCAUUGGAUGAUCAUGUGACUCAAGAGGAGGAGCUUGAAGUUGUUCCAGCAACAUCUCAUUCACAUAGCUUGGUCUUUUUGGACAAAUUUACCCAGUAUCGCAUAUCCAUGCUAGCAUUUAACCCUGCUGGAGAUGGUCCUAGGUCCAAACCCAUCACAGUUAGAACUCUGCAAGGGCUUCCAGGACCUCCAACAAAUUUAUCCUUCUCUGAAAUCACUAUGAGCAGUGUCAGGGUGUCGUGGGACCCACCAAAGAAGCGCAAUGGAGAACUUGUUGGCUACAUAGUGACUUAUGAAACUGCUGGGCAGAACGAACAAUUUAGCAAACAGGUGAAGCAGAAAGUUACAGGCACGAGCCUCUUAGUACAGACCCUGGAAGAGGAAGUGACCUAUUUAGUGACUGUGAGAGCCCAAACCAUUGACUAUGGUCCUGCUUUUAGUGCCAAUGUGACAACUGGCCCUCAAGAUGGUUCUCCUACUCGACCAAAGGAACUGGUUUUGGGAAAAACACUUACAAGUGUUGACAUGCAUUGGGUCAAUAGUGCAUCAGGAAGAGGGCCAAUUCUUGGCUUCUAUAUUCAGAGCAAAGCUAAAGAGGAAAGUCGAUGGACCACAGUGGCGAGAACAGCAAACGGACCACUUCAAGAUUUCAGUGUGUCAUAUCAAAAUCUUCUGCCAUCUACAUCCUACCUUUUUAGAGUUAUUGCAUAUAACAAGUAUGGUGUUAGCUACCCAGCCUACUCAGAAGAUGUGAUAUUGACACCCUCAAAGUUAUACCUUGAAUAUGACUAUCUCCAGCAAAAGCCGUUCUAUCGACAAACAUGGUUCAUGGUGGCACUUGCUGCUUGCUCUGUUAUCAUUAUUAUAUGUGUCAUUGCUGUACUGUGUGUGAAGAGUAAGAGUUACAAGUACAAACAGGAAGCCCAGAAAACACUUGAAGAAUCUAUGGCUAUGGACAUGGACGAUCGGCAGGAGUUGGCCCUUGAACUAUAUCGAUCAAGGCAUCAGGCAGGUGCAGUUGGGCCAUGUGCAAUGGGUACAAUGGGAAGACGGAACACACUGGGACGGAAAACUGCCCCAGUCCACCCAGGUCCACCUGCUCCAAUGAUGGGCAAAUCACCACCGAGGCCCUCUCCAGCUUCAGUUGCUUAUCACAGUGAUGAGGAGAGCUUAAAGGGUUAUGAUGAAAACCCAGAUGACAGCAGUGUUACAGAAAAACCAUCUGAGAUAAGCUCUUCUGAUUCUCAGGGUUCUGAAAGUGAGCCAGAGAGUGAGCGUUCUGAUCCUCACUCAUUUGUUAACCAUUAUGCAAAUGUCAAUGAUUCCUUACGUCAAUCCUGGAAGCGGCAAAAACCUGUUCGAAAUUAUUCAAGUUACACGGACUCUGAACCAGAGGGAAGUGCUGUCAUGAGUUUGAAUGGUGGACAAAUUAUUAUGAACAAUAUGGCCAGGUCACGUGCACCACUGCCAGGUUUUUCGUCAUUUGUGUGAUCUCCCAGUCUGAGUGAACUGUCAGUCGACAUGUUAGUCUAAGAUUUUAUAAAAAUGACACUUUGUGUCAGUUGUCUUUCAGUUAGAAAGGUGUGCCAAAGUAUGUUUUUGAUUUUCUGAGAAAAAAGAGAUUAAGAAAAUGUGAACUUUGCAGAGUGGUGCAUGUGCUGAAACUUUUGUCCAACAGUUGAUUAUUGUUUUAGUGGCUGAUGAUUUUUGUAUUGCCCUUGCGAGCAACUAGUGGUAUUGGCCAUGUUGUGAAGUGUAGCAACUAAACAGAUAUGCUGCCUCUUAUCUGUGAUACAACAGCUUCUAUUUAGUUUUAACAAUGUUAAGUGGGGCCAUGUGCCUUUUGGUAGGAUGUUGCCAAGUGUUCUUGUUAAAAUACUACUUUUAGCCAAUUUUUAUAUUUUAAGAUGACCUGUGAUUUUAUAUUUUGCCAUCACUUUUGUCCUAAAAAAAGUAAGGCAAUAGAAUAUGUUUUGUGAUUAGUAUUUUAUCAAUUUACUUAAUUUUUCAUCAAAUGAGCUGCAAAACUUGACUGCAGAUCUGAAUUUGAAGACUUGUAUACUUCUGUUACACUGUAGAUUUCUAAUUGAAUCAUUAUGUGAAUACUGUAUAAUGUGAAUUGUUGUACUGUUGAUUGGACUUUGUAUCCCAAUGGAAUUUUAUGACUGAUGUGUUAAUAUUUGAGAAACUCAAGUAGCAUUAGCCAAAUCUGUUCUUAGGUGGAAAAAAAAUCACAUCCACAUGGGAUAUUUAAAUAAUUUUGAAAUGUACGUGUAUAUUAACCAUAGUUAUUUAUUGCAAUGAUCUCUGUCUAUAUGGUAGCAUUUUCUGCACAGUGUUUGCGCAUAUGCCAUAUUUGUAAAUGAAUGUCUUUGAAAUUGAUUACAAGCAACUCAUCUUUGUAGUGAUGACACUUCUGGUUGGCUUUCUCUCUUGCAAUUGACCCUUGUCUCCAGUGAAGAUUAUGUUGUCAAAUUGUUGUCAAUGGCAACUGAGAAAGCGCAGAGGCUUGUUACCAAUGAGACAAAUCACCUUAACCCAUUCCUGCUCAGAGCUGAUCUUAAGCAAUGGUUCAAUUUUCAUUUUUUUAAUACCUACAGUACUUAAUGAUUGCAAUGAGCAUCAAUGGGUUGGGUUUCAGAGUUUGUUUCACCUGUAUUUUAAGUGUUCAUAAAAUAAUUUUCUUUUCUCUUUUGUCUUGGGGAACUGUUGCCAUAUGACCAUCCGUCCCUAAGAAAUCUUUGUAAAUAUUUUUUCCAUUCAAUCAGACUUUUCAAACCAAUGCAGUAAUUAAAUAUUGUCAUACCCCACAUUCACUGCCAAGAUGUCCUCUUUAUGCCGUCUUUUUAUGAAACUGUUUGUAAUUGGCUUUUGUAAUAAAUAUUUUGUUACAAAUAUGGAAACUA